AUGGCUACCCAGGUGGAAGCUCUACCGCCCGCCAACCCUCUCCUGCCUGCCGAGGAACACGGGCUGGUUAUCAAGAAGCCUCAAGAGAAGGGCGAGCACCUCAUGCACCAAGGAGAGAAGGCCAACGCCGACGAGGGCAAGGGGGGCGGCCCCGACAGCUGCAGCAAGGAAGAAGGCGGCGGCGGCGGCAACGUGGGUGACCAUCUGCGCCGAAACGGGGCCCUGCUGAAGCCCCCCAGCAUCAAACAGCAGAAGGAGGACAGCAACCAUCAGGAGAAGGAGAACCUGCUGCACCAAAGGAGUGGAGGCAUAAUAGAGUCAAACCGGCUGCCCGGAGAAGCCAGCAGCAGCAGUAGCGGCGGCGAGGAAGGCGGCGAACAGGGAGGAGUUGGCCGCAAGGAAUUCAUCGAGGCCCCUCCACCCAAGGUGAACCCUUGGACUAAAAACGCCCCGGCGGCGUUAGUUACUCUCAACGGACAGUCCCCUCCAGAACAUUCAACUCCGGCCAAAGUGGUGAAAGCAGCAAACCUAAGGCAACGGAAAGGAAGCAAGGUUGGUGACUUUGGGGAUGCCACAAAUUGGCCAACGCCAGGAGAAAUAGCUCACAAGAGUAUACAGCAGUUGUCACAAAAAUCCCAAUCUCUACGGAAACUUCAUAUUAAGAAAAAUAUGAGGGAGCAGGAGAAAGGGGAAGGAAGUGAUGGCAAAGAGAACAUGAAAACUCGAUCUGAUGAAUCAGGAGAAGAGAAAAAUGGAGAUGAUGACAACCAGAAAUUGGCUCAGAAGAAAAAGGGCAGUAGACACAAAUGGGUACCUCUGCAAAUAGAUAUGAAGUCUGAAGUGCCAAGGGAUAAAACCGCUUCUCGUAACAACAGACAGAAUGAGCAGCACCGGCAUCCUUCCAACAACCGAACUGAAUCAAAAGGAUGGCAUUUAGAUAACAAGCAUGAACGGAAUUGGCCUGACCAUGAUGAAACUUCUAGUGUUAAAAGUGAUGGGGCAACUGUUCGUGGUGCUUUCAGGGGCAGAGGACGUGGCCGGGGACGAGGGAGAGGUAGAGGAAGAGGAGGUACUCGGUCUCAUUUUUAUUAUCAUUAUGGAUAUCGGAAAUUUGAUGCUUCUGAUGGCACACGUACACAGAAAUACACUAGUAAUAUCACUUAUUACUUUGAUAACAUCAGUAGCACUGAGCUCUACAGUGUUGACCAAGAACUGCUCAAAGACUACAUAAAACGACAGAUAGAAUACUACUUCAGUGUUGACAAUUUGGAAAGAGACUUUUUCUUGAGACGGAAAAUGGACACUGAAGGUUUCCUUCCCAUCACUCUCAUUGCCAGUUUCCAUCGGGUGCAGGCCCUAACCACAGAUGUUGGCCUUAUCAUUAAGGCAUUAAAAGACAGCAAAGUAGUGGAGAUUGUGGACCAGAAAAUCAGGAGAAAAGAAGAACCAGAGAAAUGGCCUUUGCCUGGCCCUCCCAUGACAGACUAUACACAAACGGACUUCUCUCAGCUAAUCAACUGCCCAGAAUUUGUGCCCAGGCAGAACUUCCAAAAAGAGACAGAAUCUGCUCCUGGUUCUCCCCGCUCUGCCAGUCCCAUGCUAAGCAAGACAGAGGAAGUUAGUAAUUUGAAGACAAUGCCUAAAGGUCUGUCUGCCAGCCUGCCUGACUUGGACUCAGAGGCGUGGAUUGAAGUGAAGAAGAGGCCUAGGCCAUCUCCCAUCAGACCCAAGAAAACAGAAGAGUCUAGAACAUCACUGAAGCAGAAGGAUCAGGAUGAACCAGAGGAGUUGGACUUUCUUUUUGAUGAGGAAAUGGAACAGAUGGAUGGUCGUAAAAACACCUUCACUGAUUGGUCAGAUGAGGAUUCAGACUAUGAGAUUGAUGACAGGGACGUGAAUAAAAUUUUGAUUGUAACACAGACACCCCCCUAUCUACGCCGUCAUCCAGGGGGAGACAGAACAGGCAACCACACUUCCAGGGCAAAGAUGAGUUCAGAAUUGGCCAAAGUGAUCAAUGAUGGACUAUAUUACUAUGAACAGGACCUUUGGACAGAACAGUUUGAACCGGAAUAUUCUCAGAUAAAGCAAGAAGUAGAAAACUUCAAGAAAGUGAAUAUGAUCAGCAGAGAGCAGUUUGACACACUUACCCCUGAGCCUCCUGUUGAUCCAAAUCAAGAAGUUCCCCCAGGACCACCCAGGUUCCAGCAAGUUCCAACUGAUGCUCUGGCAAAUAAACUCUUUGGUGUGCCCGAACCUUCAACCAUUGCACGAUCUCUGCCAACAACAGUGCCAGAAUCCCCAAACUACCGCAAUGCAAGAACUCCCCGGACCCCUCGUACACCUCAGCUGAAAGACCCCACACAGACACCUCGGUUUUACCCAGUGGUUAAGGAAGGCAGAUUGAUAGAUGCCAAGACACCCCGGAAAAGAAAAACACGGCACAGUUCAAAUCCCCCAAUGGAAUGUCACGUUGGUUGGGUGAUGGAUUCUCGGGAGCAUAGACCUCGAACAGCAUCCAUCAGUUCCAGUCCAUCAGAAGGCACCCCAGCUAUAGGCAGCUAUGGCUGUACCCCACAGUCAUUGCCUAAGUUCCAGCAUCCUUCCCACGAACUCCUGAAAGAGAAUGGCUUCACACAACAUGUCUACCACAAGUAUCGCCGGCGAUGCCUUAAUGAACGGAAACGACUGGGCAUUGGCCAGUCCCAGGAAAUGAAUACUCUCUUUAGAUUCUGGUCAUUUUUCCUCCGGGAUCAUUUUAACAAGAAAAUGUACGAGGAAUUUAAGCAACUGGCUCUGGAGGAUGCAAAGGAAGGGUACAGGUAUGGAUUGGAGUGCCUCUUCAGAUAUUACAGUUAUGGACUGGAGAAAAAAUUCCGGACUGACAUAUUUAAAGAUUUCCAAGAAGAAACUAUAAAAGAUUUUGAGGCUGGCCAGCUUUAUGGGUUAGAAAAAUUUUGGGCCUUCUUAAAAUAUUCCAAAGCCAAAAACUUGGACAUUGACAGCAAAUUGCAAGAAUACCUCAGCAAAUUCCGCCGCCUUGAAGACUUCAGAGUUGAUCCUCCUAUAGGGGAAGAAAGUAGCCACAAGAGAUACGCUGCAACCAUAGGAGUGGAUGGAAGGAAGCGAUACCCAUCUCAGUCUUCUAGCAAGACUGUUGACCAUACUCUAUCCAGUCAAAUGUCUGCCUCAUCCAGCCAAGUCCCCAACUCAUCAAGCCAGGAAGAUGCCAAAAACCUGAGCCAGCCACAUGCAGUUUCCACAGCCACAGUGGAAACCCAAACAGUGGGGAAGUAGACAUACUAGAACUUCCAGUGGAAAAGGGGGCAGGAGUUGGAAUGUCAAAGUCCAAGACCAGGCUGCUUUUGGGAGGUGGGGCAAUACAGUGCAUAUGAUUUUUCUUGUUGGCUGGAAAAACAAGAUGAUCCAAGUUGAAUGCAUCUUUUCCCUCGCUGUGAUUAAGUCAUUGAUUGGAGCCAGACCAUCACAUUUUCAUGUCUUAGCGCCUUUCAGGGGUUAGGUUGGGUUGGGAAAGGGGAGAUUUUUUAUAAAUAUAAAUAUUAUAUAUAUAUUAUAUAUAUAUAUCAAGUUUUAAAUUAUUGAUAGAAGUUUGUUUGGAUAAACCAAAAUUACUCUGCAUCAUGCAGCCUCACAGUCCAGCUCCUUCUCCUCCCUCUGAACACUUAACAACUAUGCAGCCCACUUGGUAAGCUGGAAGUUUGGACCGAACAAUGUAGUGUUAUUUGGAGAACUAGCCUUUGGCUUUCCAAGUUCAGCAGGCAUCGCCCCUUCUGGAUAUAGCAAUGUACAAGAGGAGUCUCUGCUACUAUCACCACCACUUCUGUUGUGGCUUCCUCUAUGUUGCUCAUCUUUUCCAUCAGACACCUACGACUGGAAAUGAACCAAAGGACCCUGGCUGAAAGUGGGCCCACUUACAUUGGGCUUGCCCAGUUCUUUUGCGUGAUGGGUAGAACAUAAACUUGCACAGUGUCUCCCCUCGCAUAGGAAUGCUAAGACUUGGCUAAAACAGCUUUCACUUAAAAAAAAAAACACAAAACACAAAAAAACUUGUUUAAAAAAAAUCUGUUUCUUUUGCUUCCUUCCUUCAAAAUUAAUAAGUUGCCUUAUUGUGGAGUUGGGAACUUGUAGGCAUCCCUGACUUGAGCAUUUUGGGAAAAUGGCAUCUCCUUGGGAAUCAGCCAGACUGAUAUAUUUCUGUUUCCUGUUCAGUGACUCUUGUCUGCAGUAGCUGAUGACUGUCUUCCCUUUAACCCAGCUGUGAUCUGCAUCAACUGGAACAAUAUUGUUGAGAUCUAGCUGAAUGUUGGUUCACACCACACGAACAGCUUCUCUCCAGAGCAGGGGGGAUACUGGGACACUUCAGCCUGCAACUUCUGCUAUUGUGUAGUUGAUGCUGAUGUAUGUGUAUCAACUGUUUUAGUGUCCUUUCUGCUACAACUGCAUCUGCCAUUGCUUCACUUAGACUUCCAGGUGCACCACCAUUUUUUUCUCUCUCCCACCAAGACAGGACAGGAUCUCAUUUGUUGUUUCAUGAAAACUUCCUAUUCCAGGAUAGGCAGGCAGUUGCACCAGGAAAAGAGUAAUACACAGAGUGAGGGUCUAAAUACAUACAUCCUUGCUUUUCAUCCAUGUGGUUGAAGAAUGUGUGUACAGGAAAACAGUUUUAUCCUAAACAAAGUAGGAUUUUUAUGUCCAAUCAUUUCUGAAUUUGAGGUAGCUUACUCGUUUUGAUUACUUGCAGAGGAUUCCCUUUCUGUAUUCUUUCUAACAAUAACUAUGAUAAUCUGCCUCCCUUCCCUGGAAUGACCAUGUAGCCAAGGAUGCUGCUGUUUAGACUGUUGGCUAGUUGCAGGCAUUACACGUACAGACAAAAAAAAAAUCACUUCAUGAAUUGGAACCAUAUUUGCUGUGUCACACCACUUUAUAGAAAGCACCAAGCUUAUCUUGGCUGCUAUUGGGCUAACUGCUGGAACUUUCAGAGGCUAUUCGCAUGGCUGAAAUUAUGUCCUGAACUAUUGGUGUGAACAGCAGAGAAGGAAAUACAUGCUAUAUCAUGUUUUUGACAACCUGGUUUGUUUCUCUCUGCAUUUUGUUAACUUUCCUAAUGUUGUAUUGGUGUUCUGCAGAAAAAUCAGCAGGGGGAGGAAGUUCAUUAUGUCACCCCUGCUUACCAUAUAGCUCCAAAAGGGGAUAAAUGGUAGUAAAAGGGUGCAAUACUGUAAACAGGUCCUAUGUACUAUGUGGUCCUAUGUACUAUGGCUUAAGUUAAAACAGUCCUCUUCUUCCCCCUCCUUGGUAAAGCAUGUGCAGAGAGCUUUUCUGUAAUGUUGAGAAUCGGUAUCCUCCAUUCCCUGUACCUCGUGCACUUAGAAAAAGUGGGGCAAGGCAGACUGCAUCUUCUGUGAAUUCUUCUGCCAGAACUGUCAUAUAUCUUGGCUAUUUCCACAUUUUAGAUUUCAUGUUUCAGGUGUAUCCUUGAUAUUAAGUGCUGGAAAGUACUUUUGUGAGACAAUAACAGACCUUAAGUCCCGCAGUUUGUCGUUUGGAGCAGAUAAGCGUUAAUUUAGUGUUUCAAGGAGUGUGAUAUUAGGGCGGUUCAUUGAUUUAUAACCUCUUGUGGAUGGUUUGGUACUAAAUACGUAGAUAACUAAGGAGAUGGGACUUUCUGCCUUGGGUUAGUGCUGUCUGAUGUUACUGUUUCUAGCUGUAUCAAGCUUGCUUUAAUGGGAGUUUGCCACAGAGUAUUCAUGAGUGAUAGUGCAAUGGCCACAUAAAACACACACUAUGGUUCUAGCAUGAUUGAAUAGCAUCAGGGUAUUGCUUGCUUUCUUUGCUGUGUCACUUGUUAUAACAAACCUUCAUCUUGUCAUUAAGGCAUGAGAAAUGAAAAUGAGCAUUCCACUGUUUUCACCAGGUGCAAUUACAUUGUGAUGUUGCAGAGUAUGCUGCAUUAGGAGAACCAUGCUAAAAUGGAACUAACAGUUGGGAAAAACACGGCCAUUUCAUGAAUUGACUGAAAUCCUUACUAUCCCAGGAUUUCAAUGGGCAGUUAGGCAGGUGGAUUGGAAUGCCUGUAUUUUCAUUAGGACUAUUGCAACUACAAGAUAUGCUGCCAUGUAGUGUCCAUCAGUAAUUUUUGCCAUGCAAACCUUGUAAACCUAAGUAUCAUAGUUGCAACAUGAAGUAAACCAUACCUUUGGGAACUGUGAGAUAGAAGCAAAUGCUUAUGUGUCAAAACCAAUGGGAUACUUGUUCAAAAGCAUUCUUAGAAGCGAGUCUGGACAUUUGUUCUGGCAAACACUGAAGAAUUGGGCUCUUCUGAAUGUGAACGCUGCUAUGUGUGGUUAUACAAAAGUCACUUUUGCAAAUUUAAGAUGAGCACUAAGAAAGCAGUAGUAGAUUGUAGGAGAAAAAAAUAACAUUAUUAAAAACUUGUGAUAUCUGUAAGAAUGCCACAUGAUUUUUUAUCAAUCUGACAAUGCUACAGGUUGGACUGUAUAAAAGUUUACUUGUUGAGAGAAGUUAUCACUGAAAGAAGGUUUGGGAAGAUUUAUUGAGGACAGACUCUUGCACCAGCUUCGAAAGACAUCAGUAGAAUACGUUGUAGUCAUGUAAUUAUAGGCUUACCCGUAAGUCAGAAGGCAUCACAUCAAUCCUAUAAAUAGAAGAGAUUUCUUUGGCAAAAAUAGGCUCGAAUACCUUGUUGGGAAGUGAGUGGAUGUUAAUAAAAUUGUGAGUAUGCUAUGCUCUCAUAACGUGGGAAAGUACCUUCUGGGAACAGAAGCUUUCAGUUGGGAUUUAGAAGCUUUCUGUGGUUUUCUAAAGCCUAAGAUUACUAAAUCUGAGAAAGUUUCUGUUCCCCAGUGCAAAGCAAAAGGCAUUUUAAAAAUAACUGGUCAUUCUGGAUAGGUCUAAACGUUUAUGGUCGGAUAGAAGGGGAAGUUGAAAUCUGGCUUAGAAUAGACAGGAAAGUAAGUGACCUUUAUUAUGUGUUGGUGCUGUCAUGUCUCUCUACCCCUUUUUGUUCCUCACAAUUUUCCAGUUAUAGUGCAAAGAUUUGUAUUUGCCUUUCUUGCUCCUGGCAGCUUGAUUGUACUAUUAAUACACAACAUCAAAACCUUUGAGUGCUGCCAUACAUUUUUGUUCAUUUAUUUACUUGUUUAAACAGGGCUGGGCUGGGAGUUAUUUAUGCCUUGCUUAUUUUCUUUUGUUAAACAAUCAAAUGUGUUAAUACAACAAAUUUUGGUGGUCUCUGUCUAUCCAUAUCAAUCUUCUAAAACUUGGAUUUGUCAAACGAUUAGAAAGGCUUAAGAGGGAAUGUAUAGUUAGUAUUGUUAGAUGCCUCCAUCUUUAAAAAAAUCAGUUUCAAAUGAGUGGUUUAUUGGGGGUGGGAGAGUUCAUCUCAGCAACAUGGGUUUGGACACUUUUUUUAAAAAAAAUCUCGAUACCUUUUCUGCUAGUUUACAUUUUCACUUUCUGAAGACACUUGAACAUAGGACCGACUUAUCUGUGAUGAGCAUAUUCUAUGACUGGAUACAUGAAAAGGGCAUGGGCUUAACCAUUCCUGUUUGGUUUUACAGAUUUCGUUCUUCCAAGUCUGGCCCUCUAAAACCCUCCUUUUCUUUGGUGACAUUAUUUUUGCAUGUAUUCAUGUUCACAGAAAUGACUCAUAUUUUGGUUAUUGUUCUUUUUUCCACAUUCUGUAUCAUGGUACAACAAAAUGGCUUGGGCCAUUGAGAUCCCACAGCUAAGGAUAUGAUAUCCUUGGUUUGAGCUUUUGCCCUCCAAGACCACUUUCUGAUAAUAGCAUUUAUGUGACGGCCAAAUCUUUCCCCUCAAAAUUGUUGGAUUAAUUCCUGCAGUAGUGCACAACUAUGAUAUUUGGAGUUUCACUGGUGUGAAGUCUGUAUUAAGCUGCUGAAAAUGUUGGAUGAACAAUCUGGAAAAUGUGCCAUGAUUGUUUGGUACACAGGUGAAACUCUCACAGUAGAAAAGAAAAUCUGGUAUACUUGCUUUCCGUGAGCAGGAUGCAUAUGUGUGUGUGCUUGCUGCUAAAGACAAACCAAAUACGAGUUUGUAUUCACUUUCAGCUAUAUUUAUUCUUGGGGGUGGGGUGGGGAAUCUUUAAAAACAACUGUUACCAUAUAUCACCUGGGAGGAAAAGAUCUUAAUAUAGCCUACCAUGCACAAUCCCAUCUCCUGUUAAUAGUAUAUAAUUCUUGACCCAUGUGCUAGGAUCAUCACAUUGGGGAGGGGGGAAAGGAAGAGGAAAAUUGUAAAAUACUUGAAUGAGAGCCUGUAUUAUAAACAGUAAUAUUAUUCAGAGUAUCUGCUUUAUAGGCUGAUGUGACUCAUUAUUCUAGUAGUGCUUUUAGUCCUUUGUAAUUUGUGGUAAUUAUGCUUUUUCCUUUUUAAUACAAAAAUGUAUAAAAAUAAAAAGCUCAAAAGAC